AGGUAGGAGGGUGCGGGGCGGGAUCGGGCGGCGGAGGCGGACCGAGCGCCCAUCCCACCGCCCACGGCCGGAGCCUGAGGCCCGUGCCAGGCUCCCGGGGCGCACGCCGACGAGGCCUCAGAGCUGUCGAAACCUCUGGAGGGAAGGAAACACAUCCUGCCCGGCCUCGGGGAAGGGCCUCUGCUGACCAUGUCUCCUUCAGCCGCUGCUCAGCCAGAUGGGAUCCAGCAGGACAGGAGCAUCAGCAAGCUCAUUUUCUUCCUUUUUGUCUUUGGUGCCAUCCUGUUGUGUGUGGGGGUCCUGCUCUCCAUCUUUGGGUUCCAGGCCUGCCAAUUCGAAGCCCUCCCAGACUGCAGCAUGGUGCCGAAGGCCGCUGGGCCUGCGUGUGUCGUGGUCGGGCUUGGGGCCAUGAUCCUGGCCCGCUCCCGGGCACAAAUUCAGCUGCGUGAGGGGCGCCUGCGAGGCAGUCAGGCAGACCCAGACCAAGCCUUCAUCUGUGGCGAGAGUCGCCAGUUUGCCCAGUGCCUCAUCUUUGGGUUUCUGUUCCUGACGAGCGGCAUGCUCAUCAGUAUCCUGGGCAUUUGGGUCCCGGGAUGUGGCCCGGACUGGGUGCAGGAAGCACUGAAUGAGACAGACACUGCUGACAGGGAGCCCCACAUUUGUGGAUUUCUGUCCCUGCAGAUUAUGGGGCCCUUGAUUGUUCUCGUGGGACUGUGUUUCUUCGUGGUUGCCCAUGUUAAGAAGAGAAACAGCUCGAAUGUGGACCAGGAUGCUUCUGAAGGUGAAGAGAGGCAUCCCGAGAAUAUGGAGCCCGUCGAGGUCUCCGUAGGUGAUGCUGUGAUAAUAUUCCCACCCCCUCCACCGCCUUACUUUCCUGAGUCUUCAACUUCUGCAGUAACUCGACGUCCUGGGGCUAACCAUGUGCUUCUAGAUGAAAAUCCUCCUUCAUACUAUAGUAUUUUUAACUACAGCAGAACCCCAACUCCGGAGGGCCAGGGUGCAGCAUCUGAGAGAGAUCGUGAACCUGUAUAUACAAUUUCUGGGACUGUGUCAACCUCAGCAAUCUCACACACUCCACGUCUCUCAUCUGAAUUGCCUCCCACGUAUGAAGAAAAAGAAACUGUAGCAACCAUGCCCCUGUCUCCAUCCUCUGAGCCUUCCCCACCAUGAACCAUGAACUCCUGUUCCAUUUUAUAUAGAAUUGAUCACUAUUUUAUUUAAUUUGUUUUUUUAAUAAAAAAAAUACAAUAGUGUCGGCUA